CCAGACUAAAAAAAAAUAUUAGUGUGGAUUAGUAAUUCAAAAUAAAAUUCUCAGAGCGCGGAAUUUGUGCAAAAAUAAUAUCAAUUUUCUAUUUAUAAUUUAGUUAACUAAUUAAAUCCAUUAUCAGUAAGAAUGAAUUGAGCCUCGUGUGAUGAACGAUGUUAUUUUGCCCAACUUGCGCUAACAUCCUUAUGGUGGAAGAAGGACCCGAGGCAGGGCUCCGGUACGCGUGUAACACGUGCCCCUAUGUGUAUAAUAUCAAGAAGAAAGUGUCAUCCCGCACUUUCCCUAAACUAAAGGAACUAGAUUAUAUUAUGGGUGGUGCAGCUGCAUGGGAGAACGUAGAUUCAACUGAUGCAGUUUGUCCCAAGUGUAGCCACGGUCGAGCUUUCUUCAUGCAGCUUCAAACUCGCUCAGCUGAUGAACCAAUGACUACAUUUUACCGAUGCUGCAACCACAAGUGUGCACAUAACUGGAGGGAUUAAGCUUGUUGAUAAUCCUUUAAAGUAACAUAAGGGCUGUUAAGUAAUUUAGAAGUUCUUUAAACAUGCAAUUUCUUAAUUCAGAAGUUCUUUAAACAAGCCAUUUCUUGAUUCAGAAGUUCUUAAACAGGCAAUUUCUUCAUUCAGAGGUUCAUUAAACAGAAUUUCUGUAUUAGCUCAUAAUAUCAGCCUCAUAAUGUUUGUACGGAAAUAGAGCUUGUCUAAUUGAAUGAAGAAUGAACUGUAUCUAUUUUCUGCAUAUAGACAUUCUGCAAUAAACCAUAAAGUUUUAUUCUUUUGAUAUCAGUUUGAGUUAAGUUUGACUAUGAACAUUAUACGAAAGUUAAACUUUUACAAUAGUUAUCUAGUGAGAAAGAAAAGUGUAUCCCCAAAGAUGAAGAUUGACAAAAUGGCUACUA